AAGAGCGGUAGCAGUCUUCAUCCCCAAGGAAAUGAACUCCAAGGACAUCAGCCAGUUCCGUAGCAUCGCCCUACUAAACGUGGAAGGGAAAAUCUUCUUUUCAGUUCUAGCCAGAAGAAUGACCCGCUACCUGCUUGAGAAUGGCUAUAUUGAUACCAACUGUCAGAAAGCAGGGGUGCCAGGAUUCCCUGGAUGCGUAGAGCAUUCCACAAUGAUCUGGGACCAGAUUCAGAAGGCAAAGAGAGAGAAGACUGACCUGCACGUCAUCUGGCUUGACCUUGCCAACACGUAUGGAUCAGUCCCGCACCAACUGAUCAACUACGCCAUGGACUUCUUUCACAUGCCCACCUGUGUCAAGACCCUGGUAGCAGAGUAUUUCAACAACCUGCAGAUGUGCUUCUCCAUACAAGACUUCACUACUGGGUGGCAACGACUUGAAGUCGGAAUCGCAAUGGGAUGUGCGAUUUCUCCGAUACUAUUUGUAGCAGCAUUUGAGAUUAUUCUCAUCGGUGCAAGACAAAUGGUCGGAGGGAUCAAACUGCCAAACGGUCAGAGGCUUCCCCCACUAAGGAGCUACAUGGACGACGUCACCUCCCUCCUGCAAACAGCAGCAUGUACAGCAAGACUGCUGAAGAGGAUGGACGAGCUGAUGUCAUGGGCGCGAAUGAAGAUCAAGCCCUCUAAGUCUCGCAGCCUGCCACUUAGGAAAGGAGUCAGGAACGACUGCACCACCUUUCUUGUCAGAGGGGAAAAGAUACCACUUCUUGCCGAGCAACCCAUCAGAAGCCUGGGGAGGCAGUACACUGCAGAACUAUCUGAUAAACAGAUGGGGAAGACCGUCAUGAAACAGCUAUGUGACGGCCUGGCAAGGAUCGACCAAAGCCAACUCCCUGGGAAGUACAAGGUUUGGUGCUACCAGUUUACACUCUACCAGAGGAUAAUGUGGCCCCUGAAAAUGAGCGAGAUCCCCUCAUCAACCGUGACUAAGAUGGAUGGGAAAGCCAACUCAUUCAUACGAAAGUGGUUGGGGUUGCCACGUUGCCUAUCUGAAGCUGGCCUCUUCGGAAGAAAUACACUGCAACUACCACUGAAGUCACUACAGUUGGGCUAACGCCAGGGUCCUGACUGGCCGCAAGUGGAACGCCCAGACCAAGGUCGACCAAGCUGUAAGCCGGCUGCAG